AUGAACUCCAACGCGCCUGUUGAGAACAGAUACAGAGGCGCGUAUGAACCUCGUCAAGGGAUGUUGACCACGACGAGUAACACCACGAAGGGAGGUGGCGGCGGGCCCAGUAAGGGACAGGGAGGUUCUUGCGAUGGGCCCACCUCGUCGGCGUCGUACUAUGGUGCGGCUGGAGCGGGUAAAAAUACUUCUUCCAAAGGAGGCAGCU